AUGAAUCCCUUUACGCAAGAUUCAGAUUCAGAUAGACUGAGCGUGCUGCUGAGUGCUGAGUCCGCCCGAUACAAAGGGAACGGUCCCAAGAUCAACAUCAACAUCAUCAUCAGGAAUGCUGUACACAAAAUUGAACGGAAGCUGAGAAUGGAAGAAGCGGCUUUCCCCUCCCUGCGGCCUAAUGUCACUAUUGCAAGACGCCGUAACCAGAAAAUCCGACGGUUCAGCUUAGCUGUUGGGACCCAGGGGCCCUGCCUCGAUUCACUUACUGGCGACGUCCUGCAAAAAGGAAACUGGACGGCCUACGCAAUGACUACACCAUUCAGGAUCAACAAGGAGCGACUACGCAACUUGGCAGGCAGCCUUGCUCGCCAGGUGAUGCUGCGACUGGACCUGAAUGAAGAACCCGAAGUGGCUGUGCGCAAGUGCAAAGGGAUAAGCUCACUGGACAGCACCAAGCCUUCCAUCCUGGUCCGUAUCGCAUGGACUGACAAAAAGGUUGCCACUGCCUACACAUUGAUAUCAUGUGCCGGCACAACAGACUACUCCCUGCUCCUCUUCAGGGGACUAGUUUCAACGUCAUAUGUCAUGGUGGAAUUCUUGUGGCAACACUUCCAUUGCCAGGUCAAGCGGUUGCUCCUGCCCCCACCAGAUCUUGCCCUGUUUUUGGCAUUCUGGGUGAGCAUUCUUGAGAGCACCUCUACUACCAAAGAACAUGUAAUCCUUGGGGUAACGCAUCCCGUCAUCACCACCUGUAAACUCGAGAUGACGACACCUUUGCCGAAAGCCGCUGAACAAAUGAAGCAGCUUGGUAUUGGCCUGGAGAUCUUCGAAGAAGAUGCGGAGAAGUUUAUUGAUAGUCUGUAUGAGGGAUUUGAGACAGUUAUGCCCGUGGACUUCUCCUGCUUUUCCCUGCGAAGUGUUCACCUCCCUGUGGCAUCAUUGGAGAACUCUGGGAAGAUGAGAUUCCAUAAUCGGGAAAGUGUAAAAGAUGUUGUGAGGUAUUUGGCAAUGCUGGCGAACGAUGUUUUCACGUGACAGCUGGUUCAUACGCAUAUGUAAACAUCCUAUUAUCUCUCAUUAUUUAGUGGGCCAGUCAUCUGCCAUUUCGGUUGUUUUGUCUCAUGUUCACAUGUCAUCUGUGUGUUUUAUGUCACUUUCAUGUCAUAUAGUGGGGGUAGAGGCUGUUGCUCAUUAGCAAGAUUUCAUUGGUACAGGGAGGUAUUCACAAGAGCCCUGACACCAGAAAUCUGAUACUUUUGGCACUUUCUGUAUAAAAUCCAACAACGAGCCCAAUAUAAAAUAAUGUAGCCCCGUGUUA